CUGCUGGCUGGUGACAGAAAGAGAAGCAGCAGCUGGCUUGUUUAGCGAGUUAAGUAAGGGCUAAAACAUAUCACGGAUAACAAAGCAACGUCAGCCUCUCAUGUGAGUGUCAUCUAGUUUUAAUUUAACACCUGUGUUGCGUAACGACACAUUUUUCUACAGCUAAAGGAGUCAGCGUUGCUCUUUAAUGGAGCUAGCCUGCCAAGCUAGCAAACUCGAGACAACUUUAUAGACAGAAUUGACGUGUCUCCCUCGUUAUCUAGCUAAUGUAUAGACUGUAUAUGAGUUGUAAAAGACAUGGAUAGGUGGUGUUAUUGUUAAAGAAAAUCGCCAGUUUGCGGGGCUGAACGGUUUCGUGUCCAGCAUGAGCGCAUCAGCUGGGGACAGAGAGCCUGCUGGGACCCCCCUGGACAACAAUGCAAAGGAGGAAGUCAGUGGCCCUAUCUGUACAGGAGAGAACAACAAACAUGACUCUGCAGUAUGCGCAGGAAACAGUGAAAUAAAGAGCCGUGCUGUGGUCAAGUACUCCGCCGCACCGCCUCCCACCAGCUAUGCUCUGCUGCAGGAGAAGACAGACCUCAAGCUGCCUCCUGCAAACUGGCUAAGAGAAAACCCACAGCUGGGCACCGCUGGCACCACGAUAUUAGGGUCCAGCAGCAAGAGCAAGCCCUUUUCUAGUUUUGGGAUGGCCUAUGAAUUCAUCGACUGCAUCGGGGAUGAUGUCGAUGUGGUAUCAGACUCCGAGAACAUAAAGAAGCUUUUGAAAAUUCCCUACAGCAAGUCCCACGUCAGUAUGGCUGUUCACCGUGUGGGGAGGACGUUACUAUUGGAUGAGUUGGACAUUCAAGAGCUUUUCAUGAGAUCCUCACAGACGGGAGAAUGGACGUGGCUAAAAGACUUUUAUCAGCGGCUAAUAGAUCAGAAGUGGCAGAGGAAAAAGAAGAGUAAAGAGCACUGGUAUCAAAAAGCAAUCCUGUCAAAGUUCCUCUACUACAGUAUAAAUGGUGAUGGGGCUGCAGAGCCUGUACCAGACAACCCGAAUGACGGGGAGGAGGAGGAGAAUGAGACAGACGAGUUCAGUUCUUCAUGGCUCACCAGCGCAGCGUCUGAUACAGAAGAACCAGAUGCUCCCAAGCAGGAAAAUGUUUCUAUGGACAGUAAGUAUGCUCUGGGUCAGGUGCCGUCUGUGCCCAAAGAGCAAAACCUCCCUAUGCUCUUCAAUGAAGGGGAGAACAGUCAGGGUUUAAGAAAUGACUUUGUGCGAAACAUCAUGUGGACGUUUGAGGAUAUCCACAUGUUGGUCGGGUCCAACAUGCCUAUUUUCGGAGGUGGUCGCUAUCCAGCCGUCAGUCUGCGACUCAGGGACAACAAUAAACCAAUCAACAUUCUGACAGGUAUUGACUACUGGCUCGACAAUCUGAUGUGUAAUGUCCCAGAGCUCGUCAUGUGCUUUCACGUCAAUGGCAUUGUUCAGAAAUAUGAGAUGAUAAAGACAGAGGACAUACCUCAUCUGGAGAACUCCACUUUCUCCACCAGGGUGGUGAAAGACAUCGCCCAAAAUAUCCUCUCCUUCCUCAAGUCCAACUGCACCAAAGAGGGUCACACCUACUGGCUUUUCAAAGCUAGUGGGAGUGACAUUGUGAAGCUUUAUGAUCUUACUACUCUGUGUGAGGAGGCGGAAGAAGAGAAAUGUCAGAAUCCCUUCACUCUUCCUGUGGCUGUGUUACUAUACAGAGUUGCCAGCAACUUGAUGCUGAAGGGGAUGCAAAACAGAAAACACUAUGGCACAAUCAGAACUCUGCUCCUAAACUGCGUCAAACUUCUGGAUGAGGACAGUCACCCCCAGAUCAUCGCCUCCGCCCACUACAUGCUGUCAGAGUUGUUCCAGCUCGACGAGCCUCUGGAAGAAGAUGGAGGGGAGUCGCUGCGGGCCGGUGGCUCAGAAGACAGCUACAGCGACGAGGACAGAGAGGAAGAGGACGAGGACGAGGAGGAGCUGAUGGAGGACAGCGACGAGAACGGCUCUCACAGCUCUUGCUGCAGUCCACAGGAUGAUAGCAAAGCUGUGGCGGUGAUCCGCUCUGUUGGGGAACUGUCGGUCCCGGAGAAAUACAAAUCCACUCACCAGAUCAGACCAAGCGGUGCUUUUCCUGUUUCUCAAGACAAGGAGGAGAGAUGCAGACACGUUCUGAGCUACGUGCUUAAGGGGCUGAAGGCAGUUGAUGGCACCAUCAAAAAGGAGAGUGAUCUCCCAGCUGCAGACCCAAACACACCCAUUCCUCUCAAAUAUGAGGACAGAAGUGCAAUCGGAGCUUGUGCUGCUGAGCAAGGCAUCUCUCUUCUUCUUGAAAGAGCAAGGCCGUUGCAGGCGGACCAGAAGCAUCCAACACGCUCGGGGAUGAUCCCUGGCUCGUGGCAGCACCGCAUGAAGCUGCAGCUCUUCCUCAAAGCCUCUAAGGCCUACUACGUCCUGUCUGAUGCAGCAACAAACUUGCUGAAGUAUGGGCGAGCCCUACGCUACAUCAAGCUAUCUCUGCAAUGUUACGAUGCCUAUUGUUCAGUGAGCGAUACACUUCACCCACAGGUGCUGUUGUUUCACAGCCAGUGCCUGUCUCUGUGUGGGGAUAUCCAGCUGAUGUUGGCCCAGAACGCCAAAAACAGAGCAGCUUACCUGGAGGAAUACAGCUACCAGACCAAAGAGGACCAGGAGAUCCUGCAUAGCCUGCACAGAGAGAGCAGCUGCCAGGCCUUCAACAUGACCACAGACCUGGCCAUGGACCCGGAGUACCAGCUUUUUGUUAGCAGUAAGUGCUACGAGGCAGCGUAUGAACUGCUCGUCUCUGAGGCUUUUAAAGAUCACGCCGCAGAUCAGCUGGCUCAGAUGCUCAAAAGGCUGGGAAACAUCCGCAAUGAAAUGGGAGUUUACUGUAUGAACCAGGCUGCAGCCAUGCAGGCUGAGAAAGAAGCUAAAAAGUCUGUGUCUGCAGCGGAGCAGGAGAUGUGGAAAAAGAGUUUUGCCUUCUUUGAGAAAGGCAUGAAGGAUUUUGAAGCCAUCGGGGACAGUACCAACACUGCCUUGCUGCUGUGUAACACUGGCAGGCUGAUGAGAAUCUGUGCUCAGGCUCACUGUGCCGUGUCUGCCGACCAGAGCAGAGGGGAGUUCUCACCUGAAGAGGCUCUCUACUACAACAAGGCCAUAGACUACUACUUGCGGGCUAUGAAGUCACUGGCAAGCCGAGAGAACCACCCAGCAGUGUGGGACAGUGUAAACUGGGAACUGUCCACUACCUAUUUCACCAUGGCCACACUUCUGCAGGACUAUGCCCCGCUGUCCAGGAAGGCCCAGGAGCAGAUUGAACGGGAGGUGACUGAGGCCAUGAUGAAGUCCCUGAAGUACUGCGACCUGCAGACUGAGUCGGCUCGUCAGCCGCUCUACCAGUACAGAGCUGCCACCAUCCACCACCGCCUGGCGUCCAUGUACCACAGCUGCUUCCGCAACCAGGUGGGGGAUGAACACUUGAGGAAGCAGCAUCGAAGCCUGGCAGAGCUUCACUACAGCAAGGCUGUCUGUUUAUUCCUCAGCCUCAAAGACGCACCCUGUGAGCUGCUCCGCACGCUCCUGGAGAGGGUUGCUUUUGCGGAGUUCACCAUGGCAGGUCAGAGCAGCAGUGCGGCAAAGCUGAAGAGCCUGACUGGCGCAGUAGAGAUCAUGACAGAAACUCGCCAUGCUUUCCAGCUGAUUCAUAAAGAGCUGCUGGAGGAGCAGAUAGAGUUGAGUGAAUCCGAACCUGCUAGCUCAGGAGAGUCUCCCGACGUGUCCGCUGCUCCCACCUCAGGACUGAAUCUCCAGGAAGUGAUGAAAUUGAUUGGCGUGUUUGAGCCGAGUUUCUCCUUCCUGUUGCUGCAGCUGAUCAAACUGAUGACGACAAUGAAACGGAAACCAAGCAAUAAGGACGAGGAGCUGUUGAAAACCUAUAAGAACGUGUACUCAAAGCUCCUGCGAGCUGACAAAAAUGCACCUCUCCUCAGCCGUGUCGAGCUUCACAUAGAGCUGCUGCAGCUGCUGACCCCACAAACAGGAAGUGAGGACAAGGGUAUGCAUUCACGAUAAAGACAUAAUGAGGAAGACACUCAAGACCUUAACUCUUCUCCAAGUCCACUCUGGAGAAGACUUGAUAACAGUCUUCUCAAAAAUGCUGCGAAAGAGAACGAUGAUUAAUAGACACCAUUAUCAACAGGCACAUGCUCAGGCAACACCGUCUUACUCUGAAUUACAGUUUCAAAGCUAAUAUCACCUCCUGCGCCUUUAAAACAAACUCAUCUUUUUCUAACAUUUGCAUCACAUGUUUUGAAUUGUACAUUUUUGUGAAAAGAGUUGUAAAUUCAGAAGAUAAUAUUUAAUUUUCUUAUUGCUUAAUAGGGAGUUAUGGGUCACUUGUAAAGCUCCUGUGUAUGGGAUUUGUUGUUGACUGUACAAAACAUCACCUGGAUUGCCUCAUUUUUCUACAAACAAAAACAUACGGCAUAAGAUUUCACAGAUGGUUUAACCAUGUAUAACUUCUGCACACAGGGGCUUAAAAAGAAAGAAAACAUUUAGCACAUGCUCACGAAAAAUGAUGAUUCAUCUGAAUAUAAUUGGUGUUUUUGAUAUUCAAUAAUGCCAAUAAUGCUGUGAAUAAAAUGGAUUGGAGUUUGAUCAUUGGCUUGAAUAGCUGAAGUAAGUCAUCAAAGUGUUACAUGCUUUCUAAAACAACAGUGUGCAAUAGUCUGGCAACAUUCAAUGCAAAAUUAAAAAGCUAGGUAGUCCACAUGGCUGUAUGUAUAAAUGUGAGUUUAUAUCAGCAUGGUUUGCUGUGAGAUGAAAAUUAAAGGUUUUUUUUAAUUUA